AUGGCUGAAAAAUCGCUUAUAACUGAUAAAGAUUACAAGAGUUUAUCUUUGGCUGAAUUAAAAAAAAUAUUAAACCAGAAGAAACAAUUAAUUAAGGAUAAUUACAAAGAAUUAACUGAAAAAGAAAGAAUAAUUCAUGAUAUUAGAAAAGUAGAUAAACUCAAUGAAAAAAUAAAAAAAGGUGUUAAUAUCAAAAAAGAAUGGAAAAAGAAAUUAAAACCCAAAAAGAUAAAAUCAUUCGAUGAGUAUUUUCAAGAAUGUAUUAAAAAUAAAGAAAUCCCAGAAGAUACCCCUCCUUAUUUUCGUGAGGCUCUUGAGAGAGCUAUUAAGGAGCAUAAUCAAGGAGUUGUAAAAGAAAAAUCAGCUUUAGAUGAAUUUGCUAAAAAACAUAUAAUAAAGGGAGAACCUGGUAUUACUCCCUUAGAGUUUUUUGGAAAUAAAAUAACUAUUCUUAAAGAUUUUAUUAGAAAUCAUCGAAAUAUCAAAGUAAAGUUUGUUUUGGUUUGUAUGAUGGAAAAAGAGGAAUUCGAUGAUAAACAUAUAAUUAAAAUUCAGGACAAAGCAUAUUUUCAUUCAGAUACUUAUAUUAAUCUCAAAUCAACCGAUGUAAAAGAUUUACUUAAAAAAAUUAUCAGUAACAUCACAGAAAAGAUUAAUAUUUAUCAACAAAAUGGUAGUGGGUGGUAUUUUAAAGAAGUUAUUCAACUUGAAAUUCAUACUGUUAAAUUUAGUCCAAUGAAAGGUUCUUCUUAUAUUCCUCUUCCAGAUUGGAUUAUGAGAAAAAAAGCAAUUGUUAGUAUUCGAAAUAAAGAUUCUAAAUGUUUUUUGUGGUCUAUACUUCGUUAUCUUCAUCCAAGAGAAAAGAAUGAUUGUCGUUUGAAAGAUUUAGAACAAUAUGAGCAUGAGCUUAAUAUUCCUAAGGGAUUUACUUUUCCAGUUAAAAUCAGAGACAUUACUAAAUUUGAAUCUAUUAAUCCAGAUUUACCAGGUAUAAAUGUAUUUUCAGUUACACACAACAAUAAGUUUUAUCCUCUUCGGAUGGCGUUACGCGACCCUCAAAAAUCAAUAGAUUUAUUUCUUUAUGAAGAGAAUGGAAAAUAUCAUUAUUCUCUGAUUAAAAACUUUUCUCGUCUUUUUCGGUCACAAAUCACUUAUAGAACAAAUGAGCCAAUUCAUAUUUGUAAGAGAUGUUUUACUCAUUUUACAAAAGAAGAAUUAUUACAAAAACAUAUUUUAUAUUGUUCGAAUAACGAGUCAGUUUCUGUGAAAAUGCCAAAAUCAGGAUCGAUUUUACAUUUCAAAAAUCAUCACAAACAACUUCCUAUUCCUUUUGUAGCUUAUGCGGAUUUUGAGUGUUUUACCAAACCAAUGAAUACUUGCUGUCCUAAUCCAGAAGAUUCUUAUAAUUACAAUUACCAAAAACAUGAACCAUCAGGAUUUUGUAUUUUUAUUAAAGGUGUGGUUGAUAAAAAAAUCAAACCAAUUGUUUAUUCGAAAACAGAAGAAGACGAAGAUAUAGCAAAAAUAUUCGUAGAAAAACUAACAGAAGCAACUAGAGGAAUUUAUAAUGAUUUUUAUCGUAAACCAAAAUCUCUUAUACUAACCCAAGAAGAACAAAAAUCAUUUGACAAAUCGGAAUAUUGUCAUAUUUGUAACAAAGAAUUAUUGGAAGACAAAGUUAGAGAUCAUUGUCAUUUUACGAGUCAGUACCGAGGUGCUGCUCAUAACAGUUGUAAUCUUAAUUGUAGGAAACCUUUAGUUCUUCCAGUUAUAUUUCAUAAUCUUCAAGGUUAUGAUGCUCAUUUGUUUAUAAAACAACUCGCAAGUUUACCAGGAGAUUUAAAUUGUAUUCCUUCAACAGAGGAAAAAUACAUAUCCUUUUCUAAAAAGAUUAAAGUUGAUGAGUACAGGUCUAAAAAAACUGGUCAAAUGAUGUCUUUAUAUUUUGAAAUUCGUUUCAUAGAUUCGUUUAAGUUUCUUCAAACAUCACUUGCUAAUCUUGUUUCAAAUUUACAACCAGAUGAUUUUCAUAAUACAAAACGAGAAUUUAAGAAAAAUGUAGAUCUUCUUACUCGGAAGGGAGUUUAUCCUUAUGAUUAUGUUUCAUCACUUGAAAAACUAUCCGAAACACAAUUACCACCAAAAGAAGAAUUUUAUUCGAAACUAAAUGAUGAAGACAUAACCGAAGAUGAUUACCAACACGCAAUAAAUGUGUGGAAUACUUUUAAAUGUAAAUCAUUAAGAGAUUAUCACGAUCUUUACCUAAAGUCUGAUGUCCUACUUUUGUCAGAUGUAUUUGAAAACUUUAGAAAAACUUGUCUAAAACAUUACAAGUUAGAUCCAGCGCAUUAUUACACAUCUCCAGGUUUAGCUUGGGAUGCUUGUCUCAAAGAAACAGGGCAGGAAUUACAGUUACUACAUGAUUAUGAUAUGUUAAUGAUGAUUGAAAAAGGUAUUCGUGGUGGAAUAACACAUAUAUCGAAAAGAUACGCAGAAGCUAAUAACAAAUACAUGAAAACUUAUAAUCCUGAUGAGGAGACCUCCUUUAUUCAAUAUCUAGAUGCGAAUAAUCUUUAUGGUUGGGCGAUGUCUCAAAAUCUUCCAACACAUGGAUUUAAAUGGAUGAGAAACCUAACAAAAGAGUCACUAAUGGAAAUUUUAGAAAAAACAAAUCAUAGUAUGUCAAAUCGUGGAAGAAAAGGUUAUAUAUUUGAAGUUGAUUUGGUAUACCCUAAGCAUCUAUGGGAAACACAUAAUGACUAUCCUCUAGCACCUGAGAAGAUGAUUGUUAAUGGCGUUGAAAAACUAAUUUGUCAUUUUAAAAAAAGAAAAAACUAUGUUGUUCAUUAUCGUAAUCUUAGACAAUAUCUUGAAAUGGGAAUGAGAAUAACUGCGGUUCAUAGAGGAAUAUCUUUUUACCAAAGUCCAUGGAUGGAGCCAUAUAUACGAAAAAACACUGAACUUCGAAAAACAUCAGCCAAUAGUUUUGAGAAAGACUUUUUCAAACUUAUGAAUAACUCUGUGUUUGGAAAAACAAUAGAAAAUAUACGAAAAAGACAAAAUAUAGAACUCGUUGAUAAUUGUAAGAAAGCUGCUAAACUAACAAGUCGUCCAAACUUUGAUAGGGCUACGAUAUUUGAUAAAAAUCUUAUAGCUGUUCAUAUGAAAAAAACCGAAGUUUAUUUUGACAAACCAGUAUAUGUUGGUCAAGCAAUUCUUGAUUUAUCAAAAACAUUGAUGUUUGAUUUUCAUUAUAAUUACAUAAGAAAGAAAUACAAAAAUAAAGCUGAAUUAUUGUUUACUGAUACUGAUAGCCUUAUGUACCAGAUUUACACAGAUGAUUUUUACAAAGAUAUAUCUCGUGAUAUAAAAAAAAAGUUUGACACUUCUGAUUAUCCUCCCAAUCAUGAAUCUGGAAUAUUGACAGGAGUUAACAAAAAAGUAAUUGGGAUGUUUAAAGAUGAAGUAGCAGGAAAACAAAUAACUUGUUUUGUUGGAUUACGACCUAAACUUUACAGUUUUAAAAUAGAAGAGGAUAAAGAGGUAAGAAAGUGUAAAGGAAUAAAGAAAAAUGUUGUGAAAAAGAAAUUAGAUUUUGAUGACUAUGUUCAAUGUUUAUUUUUAGGUAAAAAACAAAUGAGAAAAAUGAAUAUAAUAAGAAGCGAAAAUCAUGAUAUAUAUUCAAAAGAAGUUAACAAAGUAGCUCUAAGUAAUGAAGAUGAUAAACGUGAAGUUCUCUUGGGUAAGGUAAAAACAAUAGCUUUAAGAUAGGUGAAUUUAAUAAAAUUUAAUAAUAAAUGUUAUAUACAGAAGACCAAGUAAAGAAAUAUCUUGGAAUAUUGGGUGAUUAUAGUAUUAAUUCCUCAGAUGAAUCAAAUUUAAAAGCUAAAUGUUGUGCUUGUGAAAACAGAACAUCUUUUACCAUUGAUUGCGGUUAUAAAAUUUGUGAUGAAUGUGGAGUAGCAAACGGACAUGUAUUAGGCUUUUACGAUAAUAAAGAUUUUGAUAGAUUGCAUUAUCGAAAAAAGAGCGUAUAUCAACGUAAGUAUUACUAUGAAAAAAAGGUUAAUAAAAUUUCUAAAAGAAUAAACCUAACCAACGAACAAAAAAACGAACUUUAUAGUAAGUUAAUGGAAAUAGACAAUCACGUCAUGGAAAUACUAAACAAAGAAUACAACAGAAAGAGAAUGAUAAGUAUCAAAUAUUUAAUUAAAAAACUUUUGGAUGAGAUGGGGGGUGAAUCGAGCAAAGCGAGCAAACUAAUUUAUCUUAAGAUUUCACCACAAACUUUAAAUAAUUAUGAAAAUUGGUGGGAUAGUUAUAAAUCACUCAAAACAGGAUAG